AUGUACGACUCAAACGACAACCCACAUUUACUAAUAUACCCUUUUAAUGCAUCCGGCCAUAUUAUCCCCUUACUCGACUUCACACACCACCUCCUCCGCCAUGGCCUCACCAUCACCAUCAUCAUCUCCUCCUCCAACCUCCCUCUACUCCACCCUCUCAUCUCUUCAUACCCCUCUUCCCUCCACAAACUUCUCUUCUCCGACCCCGACCCUGACCACCACCCAUCUCCUCAUCCCCUUAUCGCCAAAGUAAUUGCCACCCAACAAAUGUUUAACCCCAUCGUCCGAUGGUUUCAAUCCCACCUUUCACCGCCAGUGGCCAUCAUCUCUGACUUCUUUCUUGGGUGGACCAAUGAACUCGCCGCCCACCUAGGUAUCCGACGUGUGGUGUUUUCUCCUGCAGGUGCGUUAGGUUCUUCCAUUUUUCAUAUGUUGUGGCGAGAUCUACCGGAGAUUAACGCGCUCAAUGGUGACAGAGAUGAAAGCUUCUUGCUUUCUUUACCGGAAAUUCCCAACUCGCCGGAAUUUCCUUGGCGGCAGUUGUCACCGCUGUGGCGUAGUUACAAAGAGGGAGAACCGAAUUUCGAAUCUUUCAGGAAGGGUGUGAUAGGUAAUAUGACCGCAUGGGGAAUUGUGUAUAACACUUUUGAAGAUUUGGAAGGGGUUUAUAUUGAGCACAUGAAGAAACAGAUUGGGCAUGAUUGGGUUUGGGCCGUGGGCCCGUUACUCCCCGACGAAGAUGGCCCGGCGGGACGUGGCGGGUCGAGUGCAGUGCCACCUGAUCACUUGCUCAUGUGGUUGGACAAAAAGCCCGACGACUCUGUUGUAUAUAUAUGCUUUGGGAGCAUAGAGAGAUUAAGUGAGAAUGAAAUGAGUGUAUUGACAAGUGCGAUUGAACUCAGUAACGUUGACUUUAUAUUGUGUGUAAAGACAAGUGAUUUGAAGUUUAUCCCAAGUGGAUUUGAAGAUCGGAUGAGUGGUCGAGGGUUGAUAGUCAAAGGUUGGGCCCCACAGUUGGUGAUACUCAGACAUCGAGCUGUUGGGUCGUUUGUAACUCAUUGCGGGUGGAACUCAACAUUGGAAGGGGUUGCAGCAGGUGUCAUGAUGCUGACGUGGCCACUGGGUGCGGAUCAAUUUGCAAAUGAGAAGCUAUUGGUAGACCAGUUGGGUGUUGGGAAACGAGUUUGUGAGGGUAGACCCGAAAAUGUUCCUGACUCGGUCGAGUUGGCUGAGUUGUUGGAUGAGUCACUGAGUUGUGAUAGACGGGAACGAGUUAAAAUUAAGAAACUGAGCCAAGCAGGCAUCAAGGCGGUCAAAGAAGGAACAUCCAUGAGGGAUUUGGAUAUGUUCAUCAACCAACUUUGUGAGCAUUAA